AUGGCCGGUAACCAGACGUCAGUUUGCAGUGAAAUAAACCUGACAUGUUCCGUCCAUUGUAACGACUUGUUACCGCUGUUUUGUAAAGACUGUGACCACCUCCUGUGUUGUGACUGUGUAACACGUGAUCACGCUGGACAUAAACUCUGUAACGUGUCGGAAGUGGUCGAAUUUCAUCAGCAUGAACUACAGGGUGUUUUAAACAACGAAAAGUCAAUACAAAUUCUAGAGAAAGUCGUUGUCGAUUGGCAAGGAGAGCAGAAUAUGCUCCCUAUGCACACUGAAGAUCUUCUACGUAAUGUUAUCGACAGAGAAGAAGAAAUCAUUACGAAAGUGAAAAAUUGGAGGGAACUUAUGAUGGACACGAUCAUUAAAUUCAGGGAGGAGCGUGACAAAUACCUGAAGGAAAAAAAUUCUACUAUUUCCGUUUUACUCAAUAUGAAUGAAAGAUGCGUUCAACUCGAGUUAGAAACAUGUAAACUGGAAAUCACAUAUAUCAAUUGUGUAGUGCAGCAUCUCCUCGGUAAUACAAAGAAACCGUCUAACUUUGAAACGUCUGACCUCGUUGAUUUUGAAAUAGGGUCAACCAAUGGCGAUUUGGAUGAUUUCUUUGGGAAGAUAUCGGAAAGGGAAACGUCCUUAGAUGAAAUUACUUUUGUUGAGGCUAACAAUGUGGAAGAGAUUGGAGAGAUUGAGGACGAUGAAGAGGAGUUCUAUGACUGUGAAGAUUUACAAAGGUACAAAUUUCGUACAAAUUCAAUUAAACAUAUCGUACCCUUGCAAAAUUUUCAAGCAUUACUUCUGAGUUCUGGUACAGUGUACCUUUGUGAUUUCAAUAAAGAUAAUUUCGAUGCGCGAAUCAUUUUGUCCGAUGUGCAUCAGAUUGCUAACAUACCUACCUCAGGAGAUGUUUUGUGUGUAAUGAAAGGUUUCAAAGAAAUAAAACGGAUUUCAAAAGGGAAUGUGGUCACCAGGUUCGUGUAUACCACAAAGAACGACCAACUGUUCAAAUCCGUGAGUUCAGGCGGGAAUGAAGCGUACGCAUGUGCAUCACAGGAAGACUACGAAAACUUGAGUUACACUGAAAGGAUUAUGUACGGUGUAGAUGACAGAAAAUUGAAUUACUUUAAAGUUAAUCUAUUCAAUGAAUCUGGUGUGAUUUUAAAAGCUUUUGAUUGUGGUUUCGUUUCCGUUUCUGACGAAUGGAGUCUGAUGAAAAUCAGGGAACAAAACAAGUGUAUCCGAACAAAAUCAAACAAAGUCGAAAUGAUUGAUUUACAAUUACGCACACAGAGAAAAUCCUAUGUGGGAUCCGUGGGAAUUAAUCCCGCAUCUAGAUUCUGUACGACGGGGAUGACAACAGAUAACGAAAGCAACAUCUUACUGGCUGUCCAAAACGACAACGCCAUCCAUCUUCUGGACAAGUCUUUGACAUUUAAAACACUCCUUAUGACUGCUGAAGAUGGUCUCUAUUGUCCCUCGUCUGUCGCUCUUGACAGGGAUGGUUAUCUAUGGGUAGGAUGUGAAGAUGGCUGGUUACAUAUAGUAAAUUAUCAUUAUCUACUCAACACGGACAGACAAACAAGGCUGAAACUUAAACAUCAAGCCGUUUGA